CGACUUAUUUGGGAGGAACAACAGUCUGAGAUUUUAGAUCGUAGAAGUACGAUAUCUUUUUGCUCGAAUUUAAAUAUAACAUUUUUACUUGUUAUAUCUUUGUCUCCGAGUAAAACAUUCGUCAACUUGAUGACAUCUCCUAAUUUAGGCCGGCUCUAAUAUUACUGUUCCCAUCAAUUUUAACUCUUUUUGGAAACUUGGUUUCACUUAUUCGUUGUAUCUCAUUUCUUGAAUCUCUGACUGUGUCCGUGAGUAGCGAUGCGAAGUGACGUUGAAAAAUAUCGAAUUACUUCAGAAUCGAAUUUAUGCUGCGAUCGAUUAUGCUAAACAUCGUCGAAUGACACUUUUGCUUCUAAGAACUUAGACAAGCGCGGUUUCUUCAUUCGAAAACAAAAUAAUUAUAAAUGAUGAAAUAGAAAAUCUUGAAAUCAUAAUAAUACGAUAAAUCACAUGUAAUUGCCGUUAUUAUAAUAUAAUUGUACUUGUUUUGUGGCAAUCGAUAUCAAGAUACGAUAUCGAUUGUUGAAAGGACCAACAGCAACUGCACUAUAUAUAAUAAUUAGACAUAUAUGAAAAAUGGAAAUGCGCAUGUGUAUGUAUACCAUGCGACACUCGGAAGAUUGCGCAAAACGCACUUACACCACAAUGUUAGAAUGAAUAAACAAUGAGAUUCUAACUACUUUGCGUGGAUUGCUCGCGGUGUGUAUUAGCAUCUACGUUAUGAUCAUAAAAAGUUAUUAAUUUAAAUAAUUAUAUCGUGAUUAUAGACGAAUAAUUAAGACUAAUAAUUAAGACGAAGUUUUAAUAAAUAAUUAUAAUCAGGAACAUGUUUACUUUGUCUAAUAUACAUUUUAAUAAAAUAGUUAUGAAUGUGCGAAAAUUUUCUUCUUAUAAGAUAUACGAACGAAGUUAUACAACUUAUGUACAAGGUCAAUCACCAGAACCUCGUAUACGAGAAUACUUUUAUUAUAUUGAUCAUCAAGGCAUGCUGUUCUUGGAUGAUGUUCGUAUAAAAAAUUUUACAUCCUGUUUUAAAGACAAAAAGUUUUUGGCUUUCUUCUUCAAACGACUCAAAAUAAAUAACACUAGACGAUAUACACAAGAAUUUCCAUAUGUCUCUCUUUGUGGUUCGGAAAGGAAUUUUGUGAAAUGCGAUGAUCUCCCUAUAGUGUUCACGAAAAUUAUUAAAAAAAAAAAUCUAGAAAUUGACAAAAUGGAGGAUUGGUUUGGUUAUUCGCAUGCUGAAGAGUUUUUGAUGGUACCAUUUGAACCAAAAAAAUUAUUUAUGGACUCUAAUUCAGGCAGAGUAUAUCAUCCUGCGCCUGAAAAAGUAGGAGGGAUUGGUCUGGUAAGAUCUAAGAUUGCUAUUGAACUGAGUAUUUUUUUCUGUUUUGAAAAUGGUGAAGAACAAGGUCCAACUCAUUUUCAAUGGAAAAAUAACAAACAUGUAAUUGAUAACGAGUGGUAUAAAAACAGUAUGAAAUAUAAAGAUUGCUACUAGAA